GCGGGACUUGGAAGAGGAGAGUCGGUCUCCAUGGCAACGCGGGGCGCUGACGGGGCUCCAGCCUCUCCGGCGGCGGCGUCGAGGUUUCCCCGGAGGGAGCGGGGCCGCGCGGGGAAGAUCAGUUUGGAACUCCACAGUCCUAGUGACUGCAAUUGCUUAGGCAAGGAAAAUGAGCUCUGAAGAUGUUUGGAAAAGGGAUGAUUCUGAAGAAGAAGAAGAAGAGUAUGUUUCCAGUGAGUCAGAAGAACAAUCUGAACCAGAAUUGGAACCAGAGGAUCCUGAAGAUCCUAUUUAUGCCACAGCUCCAACAGUUAAUAUUCGGGAUGAAGGUUCCAUUGACGUGCACACAUGUCCUGCCUUUCAGUGCCUUGAUGAGUUGUUUUAUGAUGGAAAAAUCCCUGGAACCAGAAUGGCUGAACUGAAGGCAAAGUAUACUGUUCUGCAUGAUACUCUAGUGAGCUUACAGGAAGCAGAGAUUCAGCUGCUACAGGAUGCCAAACGUUUCACAGUCGAAAUAGAACAGCAAGAGCAGAUACUAGAAACUACUGAUCAGUUUCCAGAGGGAUAUUCUUCAGAGGUCACCAAACUGAGACAGCAGUACCUGAGAUAUGUCAAUGAAUACAAUGCGAUUCAGGAGAGGGAGUAUGAAAUUCAGUACAAGUUGAACAGCUUACGAGAAGACAAGAAUCUCAUCGAAAGGGAGUAUAAAAGAAUGCCAAAAGCUACUGAUGCCGAUAAGAGGAUGAAGGCUCUGAGGGAAAGCUGUGAAGAGCUUCGUAAAGAAACUACACACAGGCGGCAAGAAAUCAGAGCACUGAAAGAUGAUCUUUCUUUAAGACACAAGCGCCUUACUAAGGAUCAGAAAGAACUCGAGGAACUAUUUCGGAAGCAAGAAGAAAUAAAAGAUGACCUUGUCCGUCUUCAAGCCAUUCCUCUUCAGCUCGGAAAGGAUAUGGACAAAAUAAACCGCAGAAUGCAAGAAACGGAGAAAAGGAGAAAGGCAAUUCAGGAAGAAGCACGAGAGAUAUUUGAGUCCUUAAGAAAAAUAGAGGCUAAAAAUGACGAUGCACUAGAAGAAAAGGAUGAUGUGAUGAAAGAGGUGGAUGGGAAAAAGGCUUUGCUGGAAAGCAAGGAGCGAGAAUUUAUCUCUCUUACUAAAAUGCAUGAAAUGAACAAAGAGAAUGAAGGAAGUGCCAUAGCAGAAAGGGCUAUCUUAGAAAUGGGUUCUCGUAACUGUAUUGUGACAAAGCAGAAACUGCAAGACACUUUGAGUCGGAUGCAAAGAGAGAGAGAGAAAGAUUUCAGAAAUUUUAAAAAGAUGGAGAUGCAGUUGAAGAUAGCUCAGGAGGGCUUGGAGCAAAUCAGAUCCUAUCAUGAGAGAAUCCAAUUAGAGCUAGAUGCUGUUCCAAAAGAUGAUGGGACACUACUAGAAAGACGAAGGGAGCUCCAGAGGGAAGUAGAAAUGAUUAAGAGAAAUCUGGCCCAGGAGAAAACAUCAACAGAUGCUGAAGUACGAAUAUUUGAGCAGUGUAUUGCUGAAGAAGAACACCUAUUUAAAGCCCAGGAACACUACAGAGAGGAAGUAGACAACUUGAUACGUUUGACUCAGAUCAAGGCUGAUGAGAGGGAGCAAAAAUCAAAGGAUUUUUUGAAAUCCCAGGUACGGCUGCAUAAUGUUAAAGCAGAUAUAAAAACAAAAGACUUUGAAGUAAGGGAACAUAUGAAGAAGCAAAAAGCAAUUCAGAGACAAAUGAAAGAAUUUGCUAAAAUGUAUGACAUUGUGCGACAUGAGAGAAACAAACUGGUCAACCUUUUGCAUUGUGCUCGCCAAAAAACAAAUGAAAUUAAAGAGAGAGUCAAAAUGCUAGAUAAUGAAAAGGAAAUCUUAAGGACCAAUGCUGUGAUUAAAGAGAGAAAAUUGCAAAAAUACCAAAUGAAACAUGCAAGUAACAUUUCGGUCAAAGACAGCAUCCAGUGUGAUGUUUGCAAAGUUCAUCAAACACUCGUGGAGAUGAAAGAAAAGCGAGAGCAGCAGCUGAUGGACGUUGAAAGACUCACCAACUUGCUCACUCGUAUCGAGGAUGAAAUGGUUCAGUUGCGAAAGAAAUAUGAAAAGGCCGUCCAGCUUCGAAAUGAGAGUGGAGUUCUGCUCAUAGAGCGUGAAGAAGAAGUGUGCAUUUUUUACGAAAAAAUAAAUAUUCAGGAAAUGAUGAGCCGAAAUGGUGAUACGGAGAUUAAUGUGAUGGAUGAAAAGAUCCGCUUUCUAAAGCUGAAGCUCACGGAGAAAAAGAGGCAGAUUGAGUUGUCCCUGAGAACCCUGCCGCUGAAAAGAGGUCUAGAUGCAGAUCUGGUCGUCCUGCAGAUUCAGUUUUCUCAAUGCAAGGACAGGAUUAAAAGCCUGGAAAAACUGUUUAUAGACCCCAGUGGACAAAACAGAACAAGAGCACUACCAGGGAAGGACCUCACUCUAGAAGAGUUGUACCAAAAAAUAGAUGAGUUAGAAAUAAAGUUGACACAAAAAGAAGAGAAAUUGCUUGAGAAGGACUUUAUCUUUGAGCAAGUUGCCCGGCUGACGGACAAAAUACAUGCCAAGGCUGAAAACGGCAAGGAGGACACAUUAUUAUUGGCAAAAAAGAUGAAUGGACUACAAGAGAAAAUAAAAAGUACAACCCAAAAAAUGAUGGCUCUUAUUGCAGAGCUGUCUAUGAAACAAGCACACGCCAUUAAGCUGCAGCAAGAAAUGAGAGACAAAGAACAGUUUUUAAUGACCAUCACCUCCAGGUUGGAAAAAGGUCUCCCACUUCCUAAGGAAGUAGAGACUGAAUGGUUAAAGGUGUUGCGUGACGAAGAAGUGUAUAAAGCAGCAAUGGAAGCCAAAGCAAAACGUGCUACAGAAGAGGAACAAUAUUCCUUACCAACUUCUGUAUUCACCACAGCCGAGCAACGUCCCAAUGCCUACAUCCCAGAUGAUGAAAAUGUUCUCCCUCUGCCACGGCCCUAUGGCGCACUGGCUCCUUUCAAACCAGGCGAGCCUAGUGCAAAUAUGAGGCAUAUAAGGAAGCCAAUAGUGAAGCCAAUUGAAGUCUAAAGAGACAGAACCUUGCAGAAGUUAUAAUUCAGGGCCUACUCUUAUGUUCAGAGUCAGAACUCCCUACAAUGUCAUAACAGAUCACACAGUGUUGUUGACAAACAUUCCCUAGUGUCACACAACACUUAAUGAAAUGAAUGGUGUUGUACAGUAAGGGGUUGGCAAAUUGUACCCUCUUAAGUAUUUUUUAUUUAAAAAACUAUAAAGCAGAUUUCCCCAUAUAUUUGUGUUGCAAAAAAAACUAUAUUUUAAAUAAUCACAAGUAGUAAAUUAGACAUAGAUCAUCAUCAGUACAAUCCUCUUACCUUUAUGCAGUUAGUUUCCAAACAUUUAAGGCAGUAUUUUGAAAUGUUUGGAGGCUGCCAAGUAGUUUGGUAGCUUUAUCUCCCAUACUUUAUACAAUCGGUUAUUAACAUUUACUAUCUGUGCCUUCUUGUUUUCUGCAGAUGUAUGAAGUACUCUUUCAAUGCACAAAUAAAAGUAACUGUGAAAUAAAA